UUACCGGUGAAUUUGACAUUUUGACAUUCAAGGAUAAGGAGGUGAAAAAUUGUCAUAGUGUACCAAAUCCGAGUAAACUUGCGGCACGAAUCUUCUCGUAAAGUACGAAAUGAGUUUUUUGCGUAACCCCCGAAGUCUCCUGGAGGCAACUAAAGCCCCCAAACAGUUUAGAUUAAUGUCACAACUUGGCGAUUUAGGAAGCGGGGCUGGGAAAGGAGGUGGUGGCGGCGGCACAAUUCGUGAGGCCGGUGGUGCUUUUGGCAAGUCUGAAGCCGCUAAGGAAGAAGAAUAUUUUUAUAAAAAGCAAAGAGAACAGUUAUUGAAAUUGAAAGAUGAUUUAAAGAAUGAAAUUCAUUUCCACGAGGAGCAAAUCAAGAGACAUCAAGAUGCCAUCAAUCGCCACAAGCAGAGGGUCACCCAACUUGACAAGGAGUAAUUUGUGAUUUGACUUUUACAGCUUAAAUGUAGAUUGCUUAGAUUGUUGUUAAUGGUUUGGAAAAUACAUUCAUAUUGCUGUAUGUUAAUAUAGGUAUUAUUUUCAAAUAAAUAUUCGCCUACA